AUGGCGAUUGGGUCAAGAAGUGGCACUGGCCAUGAAAUGGUCAGUGCUGCUGGUUGUUUGUCGCUCGGCGAAGUCGUUGCCUAUCGUCCUGAACUUCCGCCGCAGCUGACAGUGGAAGCUCCACCAUGUCGUCAAGUGGAGGUCCAGGAGCUUUGCCGCCUGGCAGGGUGGGCCAUGAUGGGUGAGGUGAAAUUGGAAGCGCAGGAAUGUCUCCACGUGACCGACAUCGCCCCGCGGGGCAGGUUCCGCGGGCGCAGCGGUGCGCGGCGCGGCAAGGGCGCCUCAAGCGCCAAGUGCGCGUUGCAAGGGCCUGAGGAGGGUUUCGCUGUCCUGUACGGUGUGUCCAACGAUGAUGCGGUGUCGCUGCGGGGACAGGGACCUUGGCAGAUCAGUGGUGGGAUCCAUUUCCAUCGCCUUCGUUUCGAGGUGACGGCACUGGAAGUGGAGAAUGCCAGGCUCGCGUUUUUCAACGCCUCGGCGCGGAAGGAUGGAGGAGCGAUCUCCGCGGGCCGUGGUGGACUGAAGCUUCAGAACAGCUCGGUGCAGGUCGUUUCCUCCAACGCCACGCGCGGUGGCGCCAUCGCCGUGUCCUUUCGCGGCGUAUUGCGCUGUGAAGGAUCCACCAUUGUGACUGAGAGGUCCUAUGCCAGGAUGGAUGGUGGAAGCAUCUUUGCCAAGAACGUGCGACUGGAGAAUUCCAGCGUGGAGAUCUCCUAUGCCUGGGCAAGGAACGGAGGCGGAAUCCUGGCCGACAUGCUGGUGGCCAGGUCCUCCUCCCUGUCGAUCUCGAACGGCUUCGCCUAUGGCCACGGAGGGGCGACCUACUCCCACAAGCGCCUUGUGCUCAUCGACUCCCGCUUCCAUGGCCAGUCGUUGGAUGCAUCGCAAACCUUAGCGUCCAAAGGUGGCGGCAUCUACGCGUUUCACUUGGAGCUGCGGAACUCCAGCGUGGAAAUUGACGAUGCCGCGAGUGGUUUUGAUGGCUCCUGUAUUCAUGCCGUACGAUCCAUGACGGUGCGAGGCAGCGCUGUGCAUCUAAGCGGCUGCCGCGCCAAGAGCCAGGCGGCGCUGCAUGUCGGAGGCGAUCUGCAGAUGGUGAACAGGAUGACAGAAGGUGUGAACACUCUUGACUUGGUGUUCCUCAACUCUUCCAGUAUGAAGAUGACACAGAUCCGUUCUCAGGUGCCUCCCGUCGCCUUGGAGGUGUCCAUCUUCAAGAUGACAGGCAGCGCCUUGUCGUUGCUGGGCACCGGUGGCCACCAAGGGUUUUCAGCCAUUGAACUGUCACCCAAUGCCGGUGAAAACCGGUCCUUUGACAUGUCUCAAGAUUCCAGCCUGGUGAUCACGGACUUUUUCUCAGGCAUCUUAUCAGAUGGGGGUCUGGUGCGGCUCCGGAAUGCCCAGCUACAGCGGCUGCGCUAUGCGGUGGAAAUGCCGCGGGCGGAAGGACUGGACGUGGCAGAUUCGGUGCUGGAAGAUGUCAGCGAAUUGGCCUUUUCCUGUGGCACCUGUCAACACCUGGCGCUGCGGCGCAUCGUGGCCCGCAGAGUGGGCGCCCUGCUGCGGGCGGCGGAACUGAAGAAGUGGAGCCUGCAAGAUGUGCAGGCGCGCUGCUCCCAGCGGAGUCAAGUUGCUUGCGUCCAGCUUGCCUCUGCGCUGGUCUUUCUGGACCCAGAGCCCUGGCGCUUGGAGAACAUUUCUCUGGAAGCGGAGAACGUGAGCUCCGACGUGGCCCCGGUCUUGCUGGAUGUGGAAGGGCCCAAG